GCGGCGAGUAACUGCUCCGGCUUCGCGUGGGGCGCCGGCCCACAGUACAGCACCCAGCCUCCGAUGGCUUUUCCCCUCCCCACCGCUGGAGCCAGCCUCGCCACGGGACCUGCUGCUGGAAUGGGUCCCGCUUUGACCCCACCGUUUCCCGCGGCUGCCCCGCCCCCCAGGCCUGUCACCCCAGCGGGGUAUGGCGGGCACCAGCUCCACUCCAGCCAGCCCCAGGAGCCUGCCCCGGCACACACCAUGGCUCCCUCCUACCAGGACAGUUACAGCUAUGGACCGUCGACAGAUGCGGGUAGCUACGGUAGCUUCGAGAACAAGCAGUAUCACCUGCCUGCUGCCAGCCAGCCUCAGCUCCUGGCCAUGGCCACGGCCUCAGCCUGCCAGCCAGGAACUAAAGGAACUUCUGUCCAGCCCAGUGGAGGGCACAGCCCAGUGCAGCCCCUGCAACCAGCGGCCACUGCCGAGGCAGGGCAGCCAGCCAGCGCCCUGGCCUUGAGCUACACCGAGAACUACCCCUACCCACUGGCGACCAGCGCUCUGCCCGUGGCCUCCGUCUCCACCCUGCCUUCCUACGCCCUGACCUCCUACAGCCCCACCUCUGCCCCGGACGCGGGACCAAGCUACCCGAGCUAUGAAGCAGCGGCGCACUCGGCAGCCGGUCCUCAGUGUCCCCCACCGCUGCCCCUCCAGCUGCCACGGCCUCCCCAGCAGCCUCCGGGCUCCCUGUGGGGCGGCCCAGGAAGCAGUCCCAGGGCCAGGUCUGCCGGCAGCUUCUCUGGCAAGCUCCCGGCUCCCCGCAAGCUGCCGAAACCCAAGGGUGGCCCCAGGGAGCCUCCGCUUCACUACUGUGACAUCUGCAAGAUCAGCUGCGCUGGUCCCCAGGCCUACCGCGAGCACCUGGAGGGGCAGAAGCACAAAAAGAAAGAGGCGGCCCAGAAGAUGGGCACCCAGGCCAGCGGUGGCCCGGGCAGGGUGCCAGCGCGGCUGGGUUGUGGCCUCUGUGCCGUGUGGUGCCCGGGGCCGGAUGCCUACACCGCUCACAUCCGGGGCGCCAGGCACCAGAAGGUAGGAGCCCUCCCAGGCCCCCGGCAUCAAGGGGGCCGCAAACGACAGGAAGCUCUUCCUAUGGUGACAGAAGACAAGUACGAGGUCUCCUCCGACUCCGAAGACAUCAUCAUCAUUUCCUCCUGCGAGGAGCCCAGGAUGAGGGUCACUGUGUCCCUCACCUCGCCCCUGAUGCGGGAGGACCCUUCCCGGGACCAAGAGGGAAUGCAGGUGCCUCCGUCCGACCCAGGUGACGUCCUGAGCCCAGAGAAGUGCCUCCAGUCGCUGGCUGCCCUCCGCCAUGCCAAGUGGUUCCAGGCUCGAGCCAGCGGCCUGCAGCCAUGUGUGAUUGUCCUCAGGGUCCUCCGUGACCUCUGCCGGCGUGUGCCCGCCUGGGGGGCCCUGCCACACUGGGCCAUGGAGCUGCUGGUGGAGAAGGCUCUGAGCAGCGCAUCAGGGCCCCUCAGUCCUGGGGACGGCAUGAGGCGUGUCCUGGAGUGUGUGGCCUCGGGGACACUCCUGACAGAUGGGCCUGGGCUCCAGGAUCCCUGCGAGAGAGACCAGAGGGACGCCCUCGGGUCCCUGACCCCCCAGCAGCGCGAGGACAUCACGGCCAGUGCCCAGCACGCCCUGCGCUUGUUGGCGUUCCGGCAGAUCCACGCGAUCCUGGGCAUGGAGCCUCUGCCGCCCCCCAGAAGCAGGCCCGGGCCGCGCUUCCGCAAGAGGCUGCGGGAGGCGGGUGCGGCCCCCGAGGGCGACGUCCAGAGGAAGCAGGGCCGGCUGGGCGGAGAGGGGCCCGCGUGAGCAGCCUCACCCCUGCACGUGAUUCCCUGGAUUCAUCCCGACGACGUUGGACUGUCGUGUUUUCCUUUCCAGGAAGGCUCCGUGGGUUUCUUUAAAAGCACUCGUGUUUAAAUCCUCACGUUAUCCCGGAGUGAGAGCCGCGUGGGGCCACCCCCUCCCCACCCUGAGGCCCCCAUGGCGGGGUAGAAGGUGGGGCACAGCGAUGGGAAACCCUGGCGUUUCUCGCUAGCUUCGCACUCGCCCGUGGCCUACUAAGCAUGUGGGUUUCUGAGGCAUUUCCUUUGGAUGCCGCAGCUUUGCGUGGACCCGAAGCCCUGCCAACCGACCCUUCUCGGCUGGGGAGGCAGGCCAGGGAGAGCUGGGCGGUAGAGGUAAGCCUGAGGGCACAGCCAGGCCAGGAGUGCCCCCUCCAGACCCCCAGCCUAGAGAUCCCCCACCGCCAGAGGUCUGCAGGCCUGAGCUGGGCGGUGUCUCUCCAGCCCACGUCCACCCCCAGGGAGGGUGGUAGGGCCGAGUGGUGGUGAGGAUGCAGGCUGGGCGCUCCCCUCGCCCCCCAGAGAGGUCUGUGACCCACAGUCGGCCCUGACCCCGUACCACGGAGUGCCUUCUAACACUGCUGUCCGCCACUUCCCAUUCGGGCCUGGGCUUUGCCCUCGCUCCCGCUUGGGUGCAGCCGAUGCAGGCCCAGGGCCGGGCCCGGUGGGCAUGGGGGCACCCCCGGCCCAGCCCCUGCCCCGAUGCGGCCAGACCUCCCUCUUUGCUGGGGCGUUUUGUCCAGCUGCCGGGUGGCCCGGAAGGAGAGAAGCCCAUCUGUGGUCGAUUGGUUCCUUCAAUUUCAUUUCUGUGUUUAGGGGAUAGCCGGAGCGUGGCUUCGUGUCUCAUGUCCUCCUAGAGCUAGCCGAGAGUUUGCGGGGGGUGGGGAGUGAAUAAACCAUGUCUGCUGGUGUGGACUGCGCGGUCUCUCCCUCGGGGCCCUCCCGCUGCUCCCUCCGGGCUCCGAGCAGGGGCGCCUGACCAGCCAGCAUCUCUCUCUGGGACUCAGGCCGCGGGUGUGAACACCGAGGACGUCUGAGGAGCUGGCGCUGCCCAGAGGCUGCACCCCGACAUGUGGGUCCCUCGGGCCACCCCCACACCAGGGUGCCCUGAGGACCCUACCCGAGAAGCAUUCAUCCCACGUGCCCCACGGCUGCUCAAGGAACCCAUCUUGGCCUGGUCCCAGAAAUGAACAGUGGGGCCAUCAGCGGGAAGGUCGGGGGCCCAGAGGGCUUCCUGGGGGAGGAGGCGGCCAAGCUGAGUUGGGGUGGGGGGGGCUCUCCGCCUGCAGGUCCCCUACCAAGAGUUCCCUGGAGUUUUCCCAGAUGUCCGUUGCAAACCUCAGUGGGGAGAGCGGGGGUUCACGUGGGGAGACGUGGUCCCGGGCUGAGCUUCUGACAGCGUCAAGCCCCAGGGCGUCCCCAGGCAAUGAGGAUGGGGCAUGGGUGGGGAGCACGGGGAGGACGCGUGGGUGGUCCGUGGGAGCGGCACGUGUCAGAGCACAGGCACGCAUGCAGACCAGGGCGGGGAGACGCCAGGACCCCCUUCUCAGAGCCGGGCCAGGGGACUGCCUGCCCCUUGGGCGGACGAAGCCGAGCCUCGUUCUAGUAGGCACGUUAUCUCCUGGAAACCGGAAGCAGCCGGCCCCUGCCUAACCAUGCUACCUCCCCGGGAGGGCAGGCCCCUCUCCUCUGCCUCUGGGGCCCCGGGCCCCCUUCCUGGGGGGAGCGGCCCCCUGCCUCCUGCGGGCACCCUGACAACACCUAGGAGUCGGAGCCAGCCCCUCAGCUGGUCCUGGCUGCAGCCGCAGACGGGGCACAGGGGAGGGUGCCGACAUUCUCCUGCUCCUGCCGCAGAGCUUCACCAACCCCCUGUCACAUAACCAUAUUCAUUUUCUGUACCCCACAUUCCACUGAUUAAAAUCACGUGUUCCCUGCCUU